CUCCGUUAAGGCACCCUCUAUAAACCUUUGGUUUCCCUCAUUUGUUUUUGCAACUCUGUUCUGCAACUUACUUGCAAAAGCACAACACACAAUCAAUUUUUUACUUGCGAUUAGUUCUACUAUUUUCACAGAUUUGAACAAUGGAUUCUCAUAAUCAGGAGCACAACAGGGACCCCCGACAUCUUGGCGAAGAUGAGGAUCACCAUGAGAAGAAGUCGGUUUUGAAGAAGGUGAAGGAGAAGGCAAAGAAGAUAAAGAACACACUCACAAAGCAGGGCCAUGACCAUGAUCAUCAGGAAGGUCAUAUCCCUGAUGAUCAUGAUCUGGAUGAGGAAGAUGAUGAAAAAGACGAAGAUGCAGAAAAGCAUAGUGCAACUUCAAUUAGGAGCGGUGUUCCUGAGCAAGGAGACAUUUUGAAGGUGCCUCUGGUCAAAUUUGGAGACACCAAAGCCAUGCAUGAUGAUCCUGUAGGGUCGAAUUUGGAGAAGACCGACGUCAAAAUGAGUGAUCCCAAGAGGGAUUAUGUGCAUCCAGAACCAGGGGUGAUGCUAAUGCAUGAGGAUGUUCUUGAGCCAAUGGAUUACAGUGGCUCAACAAUGGGAUCUGUUCUUGGUGGGCAUGAAGAAAUUUCAGGGCAACCCAAUGCUAAUUUUGGAAGAACAUCAGAAAUUUGGGGAGGACUUCAUGCCCCACAGAAUACCCCUGUUUCUUCCUCGGGAGAGUACAAGUCCAAGGUCACUGAUGGGAAGGAAGGGCAUUUAGGUCAAUCCGGGGUGGACACCACCCCUGUUUCUUCUUUGGGAGAGCAUAAGUCCAAGGUCACUGACCCAAGUCAAACUUUUGCUCAUGGGAAGGAAGGGCAUUUAGGUCAAUCCGGGGUGGACACUACCCCUGUUUCUUCUUUGGGAGAGCAUAAGUCCAAGGUCACUGACCCAAGUCAAACUUUUGCUCAUGGGAAGGAAGGGCAUUUAGGUCAAUCCGGGGUGGACACUACCCCUGUUUCUUCUUUGGGAGAGCAUAAGUCCAAGGUCACAGACCCAAGUCAAACUUUUGCUCAGGGGGAGGAAGGGCAUUUAGGUCAAUCCAGGGUGGACACCGCCCCUGUUUCUUCUUUGGGAGGGGACAAGUCCAAGGUCACUGAACCAAGUCAAACUUCUGCUCAUGGGAAGGAAGGGCAUUUAGGUCAAUCCAGGGUGGACACCACACCUGUUUCUUCUUUGGGAGAGUACAAGUCCAAGGUCACGGACCCAAGUCAAACUUCUGCUUCUGGGAACGAAGGGCAUUUAGGGCAAUCCAGGGUCAAUUUGGACCGACCAAGAGGAUUGGAAGAGGAUCCUAAUCCACAGGCUUAUACUCCCUCAAAUUAUCAAAACAAAGUCACUGAUCCAACUAAUGCAGGUGGUGAAGAAUUAGGAAUUACACCAAUUAUUCACUCCCUUGAUAAGAUGAAUAUCCAUGCUGGAACUGAGCAGAGCAGCUACACUUCUGCCACAUCUGCUAUUGCAGACAAGGCAAUCUCUGCAGAAAAUGUUGCUGCUUCAAAACUGGGAUAUGGGGGGAACAAUGAUCAACAUGGAGAUAUUAAGCCUCAGGCUUGUACUGCUUCAAGUAAUGCAGGUGGUGGUGAUGAACAAAAACCACACCAAAAUCUGAGCACUGGAAGCCAUGACCAGUUUUGUGCUGAGAGUCCAUCAAACCAGAGCAGCACCUAUACUGAGAAAAUUUCAUCUGCCACAUCUGCUAUAGCCGACACGGCAAUAUCUGCUAAGAAUGUCGUCGCUUCCAAACUCGGGUAUGGAGGGAACAAUGAUGAUGAUGAUCAUCAGGAGGUUACAGCAAAGCCUGGUGGAUCAACGUCGCCUGAGCAGCAAGGCAAAGGAGUUUCACAAGGCAAAGCCGGCCAAGGCAAAGGAGUUGCUGUGAAGGACUAUUUUGCUGAGAAGUUGAAGCCUGGCGAGGAGGACAGGGCUCUUUCUGCGGUGAUAUCGGAAGCUCUGCAUAAGCCCAAGGCAGAGGACUCUGCUCGGCCUGUGGGGAAGGUGACCGAGUCGGAGGAGGUGACGAAGCGCUUGGGUCCAGAUUGUGGAAUUGAGAGGGUUGAGCAAUCUAGCUAUGGGAAGAUUGUUUCUGAUACGGUUAAAGGCGCUGUUAGUUCAUUGUUUGGGAAAGCUGAUGAAAACCCUCCUCCUCAGCAGUCCACUGGUUCUUCAACCGGUGGUACAGAUGGUUUCUCUAGUUCUGGAAGUGGGGCAGCAGAGCACCCAAGUCAUCAGGGGUCGGGCAACUGAAUGGAAGUUUGUGUUGGUGAAUAAAUUAAUCCGAGACUAGAGAGCUGGGAUUGUUUGAAGUUCGUUUUUGUAUGGGGUGUUAUAAUAGUGUUUGACAACCGACAAGGAUGGUGUGUUCAUUGUGAAUUCCAACGUUUCAAAAUGUUUGCCGUGUGUAUAAUAUGUAUGAUGAAAACAGGGGACAAUCUGUUUCAGUUUCAACGUAGAGUUGUUCCA